CAGAUGAGCAUACGGAAAAGAGUAUAGAAGAGUUUAAAAUCAAAAGCCGCUCAAUCAAAACUAAGAAUGAAGGUUGCAGCACUUUUCGUUGCUUGUUUGGUAGUGUCGGUAACUUGCGCACCAACCCAGCUAUCAUUGCAAGAUGAUCUGGAUGACUUUGUCGCACUUCUUCCAUUGGAAGAUUUGAAGAAUCUGGCAUUCCGUUAUAUUCUUGACAAAGAAGUGCUGGCCGCGUUGGCAUAUCUGCAGGGUGAGGAAUUCUCAACCGUAUGGGACCAAUUUUUCGCCGUGGCUGAAGUUCGUGAUCUGUUGAACUAUUUGGAAGAGGCUGGAAUACCCGCAUAUGAUGCGUUAAACACUGUCGCAGAGUUUUUGGGGCUGAAGCCAUUGAAGCCCAAGGGAAAGCUUGCUACCACCGGAGGAUUAAAAGGUUUGCUUGAUGAGCUCUUGGAAUUAUUGCCGCUCGAUGAAUUGGAGGCGUUGUUUGAAGAAAAGCUAGUGAGUAGUUCCGAGUUCAAGGCAUUGUUUGAAAGGCUGCAAAACUUUGACUAUAAACAAGUGGAAGAUUUGUAUGAGAACUCUGCUGAAGUACAAUCGCUAAUUCAAAAGCUGCGUGAUCACGAUAUCGACGUAGAUCAUAUUGUCGAUCUAGUGAAGUCAUUCUUCGGAUGGAAGUAAAAACACAUCAUUAGUAUUUGAGAAAAUGAAAAUUGCGAAUAAACCGAAAUUGCAAGUAAUGUAACGCAA